CUAUUAUAUUUGAUCAUAAUAUAUUAUAUUCACAUCAGUGCCUAAAUUGAAGAAUUUAAUGUGGGAUGUAAUAAACUAUAAAUAGAUAAACAUAACUUAGUUCUAGUUGGCAGUUUAGUCCGAUUGUGAUGUUAGUUUAGCUCAUAUAUUUUGGAUAUAAGCAGUCAUGGGUCGGAGUCAAGAUCCUGCUUGGACCAAGGGCACGGUCGCCCUGACUGCGGCCCGGGAACGUGGGGAUAUCGACCGCAAAUUCCAAAACGAUUUGACAGUAACCCGAAGUAUGAUAGACCGACUGGGUCUCGAGAAGGAACUUCACGGGCAUAUGGGAUGCGUAAAUUGCCUCGAAUGGAAUUACGACGGCUCUAUAUUGGCGUCAGCUUCGGACGAUCUGCACGUCAUUUUGUGGGAUCCCUACCGAUACAAAGAGCUCCACAAAAUUGCCACUGGCCACACAGGAAAUAUUUUCUCUGUGAAGUUUGUGUCCAAUGAUACGUUGGCGACUUGCGCAGCAGAUGGUACCGUCCGAGUGCGCACCACGGCCGGCGCAUCGCUGCUGGAGUGCUCCUGUCACUGUGGCAGAGUGAAACGCCUCGCUGUACCGCCAGACAACCCUAAUCUAAUAUGGUCAGCUGGUGAAGAUGGUGUUGUGAUACAACAUGAUCUUCGUACAAGUCAUCGCUGUAACUCGGUGAACACCAAUGUCCUGGUGAACUUAAUCAAACAUCUGGGAAGGUACGCGGAGGCUAAGUGCGUUGCCGUCAAUCCUCGUCGGCCGUAUCAGCUCGCAGUUGGUGCUAAUGACUGUUACGCACGAUUAUAUGAUACUAGGAUGAUCAAGUUAUCACGAGGACAUCAAACCCGAGUGCCAACAUCCCAGAUGUUGUUCGAGCGUCAGAAUGUAUUGUGCUCUCGCGCAGGACAUGGCGACCCUGACAAUGACGUACCAAAAGCAGCAGUUCAGUAUUUUGCACCAGGUCACCUUUCAAUGGACGCCAACGAACAUACGUUUCCAAAGAAGGCGACAACUUAUGUCUCCUUUAGUAACGACGGUAACGAACUUCUUGUCAAUUUGGGAUCAGAACAUGUGUACUUAUUUGAUAUCAACUCCGGUCGGAGACCUAUUCUGGUGGAAAGUUUUAUAAUCCAGCACAACCACGGCAAUAGGGAGGGUGAGGGCAAGCAACCGGCUAAGAACGGCACCACCUCCCCCGCUAACGGCACCAGCGGUAACGGCACCAUAGAUACACAGCCACAGCUGCCAGAUAGAAUACUGCAGCUAAAAGAGGCGGGUAAUGAAUUGGUGAACAAGGGAGAGUAUAUAGCGGCUGUGGACUACUACAACAGUGCGAUAGCGGAGUGUCCAGACCACGCGGUGCUCUACUCCAACCGCGCAGCCACACUCAUGCGUCGUGGAUGGUCCGGCGACACAUACGCCGCGAUACGAGAUUGCUACAAGGCGAUAAAACUGGACCCCAACAACGUGAAGUCUCACUUCCGCCUGGCCAAGGGUCUGAUGGAGCUGAAGCGUCCUCGUGAGGCUCACGAGUGUCUCCUCUACUUCAAGGACAAGUUCCCGCGACACGCAGCAUCACAUGCAGUCUUCUUGCUGCAGAAGGACAUCAAUGUGGCUCUCGAGAACAUCGAGACUUUACCUGAUGAAGCAGACGAGAACGAAGAGACGCUGAGCACCUCGCUGGCGGAGCGUCAGCUGCGCGCAGCCGCACUCGACUACAGCGCGCGCUUCCUCGGACAUUGCAACACCACCACUGACAUCAAGGAGGCCAUCUUCCUCGGACCUCGAUCUGACUACGUCGCCGCCGGUUCUGACGACGGCAGCCUGUUCAUCUGGUGCCGGUCAUCAGGCAACGUGGCGAGAUGUCUGCGAGCUGAUGAGUCCAUCCUCAACUGUGUACAGAUGCAUCCCACGCUCUGUCUCCUCGCCACCAGCGGCAUUGAGGCCGUCGUACGUCUUUGGAGCCCACGUCCAGAGGACGGUUGUGUUGAGUCUCGUGUGGUGUCAGACCUGGAGGGUGCGACAUACGCCAACCAGCAGCGCAUGCGCAGCGACCCCUUUGAGGCCAUGCUCUUCAACAUCAGCUUUGCAGGUGCCGGAGAGAGGGACCUUCACCCCCCAGCCUGCCGCACCUCGUAAACUUAGGUGAAUGAAACAAUUAUUGACCACUUAAAAAUAUUAAAAGUUUAAAACUAACCGUGCGUUUGCAUUGCUGAAACAUUCACUACACAUGUUAAUUAGUAGAUACUAAGCGCCCCCCUAAGUGUAGGUUUAGUGAGAUAAAUAAAUAAUGGGCUCUAUUUAAUUGAAUAUAUUUUUCAUGU